UCUUCUUCCAGCACACAGGCUUUUUCUCACUGACCUGCUGAAGAUCCGCUCAGUGCUCUGUGUGUGUGUGUCUGCGUGAAGAUUCUCCACACACACACACACACUCCUGCUCACUUACACACAUACACACACACACAUAGACACACAUGCACACAUAGACACACUUACGCACACACCUUACACACACGCUCAACCUCAUUUAACAGCCACACAUGCACGCAUCCACAUGGGCAGGCUUUGAAACACACACACACACACUCACACACUGCAGAGGAGGGCAUCCGGACCCCUGCAUGAGAAGGAACUAACUUUGUGCCUCUGUGUGGACCGCGUGGACCCCCUCUCACACUCUCUCUGAGACACACACACACACACACACACACACACACUCAGCUCUGCGGAUCCUCUGCUGCAGUCAGGACCCUCUGCCCGGACUGACUCCGUUCCUCCUCUUGCGGACCCUCCUGGCUCUGUGCGUCUGCCGGUCGUGAUGCAGGUGUCCAUAGCCUGCACCGAGCACAGUCUGAAGGGGCGGAACGGAGACCAUGUCAAGCAGAGCUCCACCAGCCCCAGCGUGGUCAACGCCGCGCGGGCCAAGUUUCGCACUGUGGCCAUCAUCGCCCGCAGCUUCGGCUCCUUCACCCCCCGACACCACAUCUCCCUCAAAGAGUCCACCGGCAAGCACACCGGCAUGAAGUACCGGAAUCUUGGGAAGUCUGGAUUGAGAGUAUCUUGUCUAGGCCUUGGUACGUGGGUGACGUUUGGAGGUCAGAUUUCUGAUGAGGUGGCUGAGCAGCUGAUGACUAUCGCCUACGAGAGCGGCGUGAACCUGUUCGAUACAGCGGAGGUGUACGCAGCGGGAAAAGCUGAGAUCAUCCUGGGAAAUAUCAUUAAGAAGAAAUGCUGGAGGAGAUCCAGUUUAGUGAUCACCACCAAGCUCUACUGGGGAGGAAAGGCUGAAACAGAGAGGGGCCUUUCCAGAAAACAUAUAAUAGAAGGUCUCAAAGGCUCACUCCAGAGGUUGCAGCUGGAAUAUGUGGAUGUGGUCUUCGCCAACCGGCCUGACAGCAACACGCCAAUGGAAGAGAUCGUGAGGGCGAUGACCUACGUGAUCAACCAGGGAAUGGCCAUGUACUGGGGGACCUCCCGAUGGACAGCCAUGGAAAUUAUGGAGGCGUACUCCGUGGCCAGGCAGUUUAACCUCAUCCCGCCGGUGUGUGAACAGGCUGAGUAUCAUCUCUUCCAGAGGGAGAAAGUGGAGGUGCAGCUGCCGGAGCUCUACCACAAGAUAGGUGUAGGCGCCAUGACCUGGUCUCCACUAGCCUGUGGUAUCAUCACUGGAAAGUAUGAAAAUGGCAUCCCAGAGUCCUCCAGAGCUUCUAUGAAGUCGUACCAGUGGCUGAAGGAUAAGAUCAUGAGUGAGGACGGGAGGAAGCAGCAGGCUAAGCUGAAGGAGUUGGCUCACAUUGCUGAGAAGCUGGGCUGCACUCUGCCUCAGCUGGCUGUAGCCUGGUGUCUGAGGAAUGAAGGCGUGAGUUCUGUUCUGCUAGGAACCUCCAACCCAGAGCAGCUAACAGAAAACUUGGGAGCCAUUCAGGUCCUUCCCAAGAUGACCUCACACAUAGUGUCUGAAAUCGACCACAUACUUGGGAACAGACCCUACAGUAAGAAGGACUACCGCUCAUAGGGACGCAUUACGGACGAGUCACGGCCUCCUCAGAGCACCUCCUCCUUCUCCUCCUCCUCUUCUUCUUCCUCCUGGGUUUGGCCUCUCACAGGAACCCGAGAGAGCUGAGCCAUGUCUGCAUGAGCCCCCCUUACCCCAUACCUGCCCCCGGUAACUCUACUGGGAGGUCCCUACCCUCAGCUACCAUGCAGCCGAGCGAGGAGCACGGUGAUGACGAGAACCACGAGAACCACCGACCGAACGACAACACUCUGCACCAGUCGUCAUGUAGCAAGGUCAAGAGCUGCGCAUCUGCACCCUCAGACUCCGCCCCCUCCCCCCUAGUCCUUACCCCAUUGCUCAGUAAACUGUGAAGCACAGGAGCCACUGGAGACUCGCAGAGGGUCGCAGGGGCCGGAGGCGUGGAGCAUGUCGCCCUCUGCUGUUCAUAUAUGGGAGCUUUGUUGCCAUAAACUUAAGAAGAGGCGAGUUCCGUGCAUCUGUAGAUGCUGCCAUUUCGCCAGCCUUUGCCUGUUCCAGAACAGCCUGCAUUACUGAUCGCAUCGCAGAUUACUGACGUUAGUCGUGCGACUGACCACAUUUUGUGCUUCUGGCUUCUGAAACGUAGUGUAGAAAGUGUAUCUGAAGGAUAUUUUGCGCAACUGGCACACCGUGUAAAUACAUGCAAACCAACCUCAGCCUACCUGAUUAUAUUCAAUAUAUUAUUUAUAUAGCUUAUAAAUGAUCUUCAGAGACGUGUACAUAAUAGAAUCUAAGGAACAACCAGCACAUUUUAGCACAUUCAUUGCUGGGAUUGUGUGAGGAAGGCUACUAUUGUAUGUUCACGCAGCAGGUAAAAAAAAAGUGUCCCAAAUAAGAUAUAUAUAUAUAUUUUUUUUUUUCAUUUUAUGUAGUUUUGUAAUUUUUUUUCUAUCUGUUUAAUUUGACCUCUAUCCAAUAUGUUUCUUAGGAGUUUACGCACACACUAAUGAGCUGGCUUCACGUGAAGUUUCGGUUUCAUCUUCUCCAGCAUCACAGGAGCUAUCCAGCCUUUAAACUCGCUGUAAAAAAUAAUACAACAAUUGGUAUUGGCUGUGAUUUUUAAGCUUUAAGCAUUUAUAAUUAGAAACACAGCGCAAGCUUUCUUAUUAAGUUUGAACAGUUUGAACCCCAAAUAUAAAAUAUAUAUAAAGUCGGUUACCUCGCUAUCCUGCCACUGAAAGCCCAACUCACUUCUGUUGUCCAUGUCCCCUUCUUUUCACUGUCCUUUUUUCUUUUUAAAAUUAAAAUUCAUAUACAUUUUUAACUGGCUUUUUGGACUGAGUCGCAUUACCUUAAAUUAGAUAUGUAUCAGAUUUCACAAUAAGCAUAUAUAAGUGGCUUAAAUUAAAGGUGGGCAAUAUGACUAUUUUAUUGUGUCCUGAUAACUUUUCUUGUAUUGUAUUGACAAUAUACCUUAUUUUUAAAUAUCCAGCAUAUCAUCAGUGCUUAAAGAAAAUGGACCCAACUGUACAUUUUGUUACAGUGAGUGUACUUAGUUCUGUUUAAUUGGAAUUAAACGGUAUUGCAGUAUAUUUUAAAUAAUAAUCACUGUACUAAGUAUGGCAGAGUUUUUAAAUAACUUCUGAGCUUCUGAGGAUCUGUUGCUACUAUUGCAUUUUAACAGUGAUUAUUAUAGUGAUAUUGUGUAUAAAGACUUGUAAAUGUCUUUAAAUAUUGUGAUAUUUUGUUAUUGUCUGUUUUUUAUCAUAUCACUCAGCUCAAGCUUAUACAAAGCUCUGAAAAAAUAAAAAAAAGAUCACUUUAGUUUCUGAAUCAAUUUCUCUGAUUUUGCUAUUUAUAGGUUUAUGUUUAAGUAAAAUGAACAUUGAUGUUUUAUUCUAUAAACUACAGAAAACAUUUCUCACAAAUUACAAAACAAAAUAUUAUCAUUUAGAGCAUUUAUUCACAGAAAAUGAGAAAUGGCUGAAAUAACAAAAUAAAGACAGAGCUUUCAGACCUGAAAUAAAGCAAAACAAAAAAAAGAAAACAAGUUCAUAUUCAUAAAGUUUUAAAAGUUCAGAAAUCAAUCAACAGAAAUCUUACACACUAACUUUAUGCCUUUACUUCUAGUGCAAAAAUCUAAGCAGUUCAGUUUGGUUUGAUGGCUUGUGAUCAUCCAUCUUCCUCUUGAUUAUAUUCUAGAGGUUUUUAAUUUGGUAAAAUCAAAGAAACUAUAUUAUUUUUUAUCUCAUUUGAUAAACACAAGUUGGGACACUUUUACCUGCUGUGUGAACAAAAAAAAACCUAGAGACAAUUUCUUCCCUGAUUCCAGUCUGUUUAUUAGGGGUGCCUGACUGGAUUUAUCUGUAUCUCUGCACAUGAUAGGUCAGUUUCAGGUGAAGUGAUAGGCAGCUGGUGCUCCUCUCCUCCCCUGUGUGUGUUUUUGCCUCAUUGGUGUGGAUUGUGUUUCUCCUUUUCUCUUCACAAGCCAUAUUAUUACUCCACAGCUCUGUGGAUUCUCUAUGAAUGAUUUAUCAUGAUAGUUACUGCUCAUCCUUAAAGAGGCACCUUAACAACAAAAAGACAAUGACACAUUUUCCACCUUAACUCAAAUGUAGUCACUCAGCCAAGACCUGAUCGGUGUCUGAAGUUCUUCACUUCUUCAGUUUUGCACUGGAGCUACGACGCUAACGUAGCUAACAAGUAAUGAAAGCCUAUAAUCACCGAGUUUAUCAUCUCUGAACUGCAUGCACAGAUCAUCACAUUACUCCACACUGCUCUGAGCUGGACUUGAUUACGUGGUUUCUGACACUGUGGUACGACUUGGGAAAUGUGUGUGAUUUUUUUUGUUUGUUUGUUUUUUAUCCCAAAAAAUAUAUUUAAAGAUGUUAAAAAUGUAAUUACAACAUUACAAAAACAAAAAUACUGAUCAGUUUAUCAAUAGUGAUAAAAAACCUUUUUGAACUGUCCAAAAGAUUUAUAUUUUUAUUUUAAAAAUGAUUUAGCAAAAAUAAAGGUGUUAUUUUUUUCAUUCUAAAUUACUAAAUUUAUUCAUCAUAAAAUUUAAGUCAUUUAAAAAUAUAUAAAUAUUUAACAUUUUACAUUAAAAAAUAUAUACUAUACUAUUUAUAUUAGAAUUUUACAGAUGAAAAAGUCAUUCAGAGAGCUGGUAUGAAAUGUGCUGUCCUAAAGAAACUUUACCACAUGGCUGAUUGUGAUGGCACUUACAGUACCAGUCAAAAGUUUGGACACACUUUAAAUUCAGUGGUUUUUCAUUACUUUAAAAAAUGUCUGCUUUGUAGAUUAAUACUUCAUUAAUAAGUCAUCCAAACUAUGAAGAAAUUCAAAUGGAAUUAUUUAGAAAACAAGAAUGUGUUAAAGAAACCCAAAUUGUUUUAUAUUUUCAGUCACCUGGAAUGGCUCCCAGUUAACAGCUGUGCUGAACUCGUCAAGAGUUAAUUACUUGAAUUUCUUGUCUCUUAAUGUGUUUGAGAGCAUCAGUUGUAAAGUUGUGAAGAGUGAAUAGUCCUAUUUGACUAAAGUUCUAAACAUAUAACUACGUUAAGAAAGUAUUUUCUUCAACUAAGUAAAGAAAAAAAUUAGAAGAAAUGAAGGUGAAUCUGAAAAAAAAAUCAGGAACUUUAAAAGUAUCCUCAUGUGCUGUCACAAAGAUCAGUAAAAACGUAAUGAUGAAACUGGCUCUCAUCAGGACCAUCCCAGUAAAGGAAGACCAGUACAUUUUAAACAAGUUUAACAAACAUCAGGGAAAAACUACUUAAAAUAGUCCAUACUUUACCAGCAUAUUAGUGCAUAUAAUGCAUAUAAUGCUGCUGCAUCAUGGAACUUCAAUUUUAAAAGCUUAUGAAUAACACAAAUGGUUUGGAAAUCCUUUACUUUUAUUCAAUGACAAAGCCAACCAAAAUAUAUUCCAUUUUUUAUGUUGCAGGAUGACAUUGUCCAGUAUUUUUUACAUCUAACUAGGGGUGGGAAUCACAGGGCAUCUUACAAUGUAUCACGAUACUUUUCCUAUGAUAGCAGUGGUAUCACGCUACUGUGAUUAUGGAUUUAUCAGUGUCAGAUUCACAGAAUUUGACAACCGAUAUUCUUCACCACAGGUUUACAAAUUACCUUCAUUUGAUUACAGUGCUUCCAUGUGUAGUAAUGAAGCAGCAACUUCAGUAAGUUAAAUUAGGUCUUGUCCCACCCCUAGAUCCAAACAUAAUGGAAACAUGUCCAUAAAAAAAAGUUGGACAGUACUGUGCGCUAAUGAGACAGUAAUAGAUAGAAGUGAUGAACUGUAUAAAAUUACAACUUUUACUGUUAAUGCUUGGUUUGAAUAUGUGUACUAUUCCACCCCUAAUACUUAAAGCAGCACUAGGUAGAAUUUCCUUGAUUUUUAAAUCUUUUUAAAGAAGUAAAAUUACAGCUUGAAACUCACUGCAGCGCUGCAUUGAGGUGUAAUAGGAGGAAUAGCGGUGCUCUCGUGUCUGUGCCGGAGCUCCUCUGAGCUCAAACCAGACUCUGUAAGUUUUCCGAGGCGGACGCGAUCAACGCUCGCGAGAACUGCGACCUGCUUUCCGACCUUUAGUUCUAAUAGUUCUACUGGUUCAUUCUUUACAAACUAACAUACAGACACUCUGGCAGAAGCUGGAAAUUGAACGAAUAUGUCUGUGAAAGCCAGAAAACAAAGAGAAACUAAUCCGCCUGAAACAUUUAUAACACUCUACAGCUGUAGGGGGAGCAAACGAGCACAUAAUCUCAAUCCUACCUAGUGGAGCUUUAAGGUUUUGUAAAACAAAUAAAAAGGGUGUAUUUUUGGUUGUAGACAUUGUGACCUUGUUCAUAAAACAACCACAGUUUAAUGUGAGGCGCACAUUUCAUUUCAGAACUCUCUGAAUUACUGUUCAUAUUAUAUUUUAAGUAUGAUCCUGAAUGGGGUUUAACGGUUCUAACCUGAUUUCUGUUCUUCCAGAAGCAGUCAUGUGACAGCAUAUUGAAUUAAUGUAUUCAAGCAUCACUGAAAACAUUACCUUUCUGUACAGUCAGUGCAUUUUCUGUCAGUGGUGAUUUUAAAAACUGUAAAUGUUUCCUUUUUUUCACCUAAAUUAUUCACAACAAUUCUCCAUUAUAGUGUGGGUGCGUUUUAUAGUGAUACUGUUACUCACUUCUGUACCGAGUGCCUUGAUACUAACCUGCUUGUGAAACAUAGGGCUUUUGCAUUUCCCAUGAAUAUAAUAUUAUAUAAAUAUACAUGACAGCACCAGAGACCGAGUGUGAAAGAGAGCGAUAUCGAGGGUGUAAAUUAGUGUUUUGCAAAAAACGAAAUCCUAUAUUGAGGUGAUAAAUGUGUUUUUAAAGGUUUGUAAUACUGUUUGGUGAGACUCUGUACAGAUUGUAUAACUGUACAGGCUGUUAUUGGACGAAUCUCUGCUUUGAAUCUGAGGUGUUGAUUCACAUCAUGCUUUUUUUUUUUUCUCUUUGAAUAGACGCAGUGACUUCUGUAAAUAUAUACAGUACAUAGAUCUAGAUUAUAUGCUUGAAAUAAAAAUGCAGAAUGACUGUCAGUGA